CUGUCUCGCUAAUCAAAAAUUUUAAAAGCGGAUUAGUCUCUCUCACUUCUCAAGUUCUCGGUGCGGUGUCGCAGCAGCUCGAUAAUGAUCGGAAGGAGGAUUUGGCAGAAACGGAUUUGGACCUCCGCCCCGCGGUCUCUAUUCCCAUAUACUUCUCAAGCUUUGUCAUCGCCGUUGCCGGCGGCAGUCACCGAGCAUAGACAACCACCUCCAGGAUUGUCUUCACUGCUGGCUUUCUGUAGUUACGCUUCGUCAUCGUCUCGUUUAGUUAAUAACUUGAUCGACUUCGGCGUUGAAUAUAGGGUGAAUAGACAUUGCUUUUCGAGUCAUGCGUUGGCGGAUCAUCCAGUGGGUGGAAUAGUUGAUGUACCUUUAGCGCAAACUGGUGAAGGGAUUGCUGAAUGUGAACUUCUCAAAUGGUAUGUGCAAGAGGGGGAUGAAGUUGAGGAAUUUCAACCAGUAUGUGAAGUUCAGAGUGACAAAGCAACCAUUGAAAUAACAAGUCGUUACAAGGGGAAAAUUGCUCAAAUUUUUUAUGUUCCCGGUGACAUUGUAAAGGUUGGAGAAACUCUUCUUAAAAUGGUAGUUGAGGAUUCUCAGGCUACUUCUCUGAUGCAUGGUGACAUAGAGGAGACGAAGUCACUUGGUUCCAAGCUGGAUAAAAGUCAAAUUGGUGGAGUCUUGUCCACACCAGCUGUGCGACACCUUGCAAAGCAACACGGUAUAAAUUUAAAUGAUGUUCCUGGAAGUGGUAAAGAUGGAAGGAUACUAAAAGAAGAUGUACUUAAGUAUGGUAUUCAGAAGGGAAUUAUCAAAGAUUCAUCUGGAACUAUGAGUUCUGAUUCUGAUUCUGGAAACAACUCUCAGGGGGAAAAAGGUAGUUUCUCAUAUGCAUCAGCUGGAUUAGGACAGCCUCAUGAUGAUAAGACAGUUCCCUUGAGGGGUUUCCAACGGACAAUGGUGAAGACAAUGUCCAUGGCUGCAAAAGUUCCUCAUUUUCAUUAUGUAGAAGAGGUUAAUUGCAAUGCAUUAGUGGAGCUUAAAGCAUCUUUCCAGAAUAACAAUACUGAUCCGGGCAUCAAGCACACUUUCCUUCCAUUGUUGAUAAAGUCUCUUUCAAUUGCCCUCAGCAAGUAUCCCUGGAUGAAUAGUUGCUUCAAUGAUGAAUCAUUAGAGGUUAUUCUAAAAGGGUCCCAUAAUAUUGGAAUUGCAAUGGCUACUCCACAUGGCCUGGUUGUACCCAGCAUAAAGAAUGUUCAGUCUCUGUCCAUCUUGGAGAUAACAAAGGAGCUGGCACGGUUACAACAAUUGGCAUUGGAGAACAAGCUUAACCCUGAGGACAUAACUGGGGGAACAAUUACUCUAAGCAAUAUUGGUGCCAUUGGUGGGAAGUUUGGUGCUCCUAUCAUCAAUUUGCCUGAGGUUGCCAUCAUUGCAAUUGGUAGAAUUCAGAAGGUUCCGCAGUUCGCUGAUGAUGGAAAUGUCUAUCCUGCAUCAAUCAUGACUGUAAACAUUGGUGCAGAUCAUAGAGUUCUAGAUGGGGCAACAGUUGCAAGAUUUUGCAAUGAGUGGAAACAGUUGAUUGAAAAACCAGAAUUGAUAAUGUUGUGUUUGAGAUGAGUGAGCUUGUACGAUUCUUUAAAGAGAAACAAAUAGAAACAUUGUACUCUGAAACUUACCGUUCAGUGCCAAUAAUAUUGAAAAAAUAAUGAACGGUAAAAGAAACUGUUCAAAUGUCUGAACCUGUAAUGCUUCUGCUUUAUGGAAUUGCUUCAUUUUAACAUA